UUGGGACUUUUAUUUUGUAUUGUGCUGUUUUCUCGCUCCUCUUCACUUACGUGGCUGUUCUUGCUCUUUUUCCGGUCGGACAAAUUCUGUCACACAAUGGAGUUGGAAGCCAUGACCAGAUACACCAGUCCGGUGAACCCUGCUGUGUUUCCUCACCUCACUGUAGUGCUGCUGGCCAUCGGCAUGUUCUUCACCGCCUGGUUCUUCGUAUAUGAAGUAACGUCCACGAAGUACACCCGAGAUCUGUACAAAGAGCUGCUGAUUUCUCUGGUGGCUUCGCUCUUCAUGGGCUUCGGCGUUCUGUUCCUCUUACUGUGGGUCGGCAUUUAUGUCUGAAAGUUGUGGAAAUGACAUGUACAGGACAACAUUCCAAGGUGAACAGAACAUUUUUUCGGGGACUACAGGCUUUACCGCAGAAGCGCUGGGAUUUUGGAUGCAGUUUGCGCUGGCAUGAUGGGUGGGAUUGUGGGUUAAUAUUUCACGAAUAAAAAUAGUUUUUGUUAGAAAAUCAAAAAA